AUGGCUGACACAAAAGCAGACAAGAUGGAGCAGGUGGACCUGGUCAAGGCCAACAUCCUGGCUGCGGGCGCGAACAAGGAGUCCGUGCGCGUGGUCAACGGGCUGGGGUCGCUGAUGGGCUCCAAAAACAUGGUGAACGUGGAUUUCGACAAGGACUCCAACAUGGACUACCUGCUGCGCAAGGACCAGGAGGAGAAGGACCGCUACAAGAACUCUAAGCACAUCUCGGAACAGCCCUGGACCAUCCACAACUGGCACCAGCACCUCAACUGGCUGAACAUGGUGCUUGUGGUGGGUAUCCCGCUGGCCGGCUGGUACUUUGCUCUGUCGGGCAAGGUGCCCUUGCAUAUGAACGUGUUGCUGUUCUCCAUCGCGUACUACGUUUUGGGCGGUGUGUCUAUCACUGCGGGCUACCACCGUCUGUGGUCGCACCGCGCCUACUCCGCGCGCUGGCCUCUGCGGUUGUUCUUUGCCAUUUUCGGCGCCGCCUCUGUCGAGGGUUCCAUCAAAUGGUGGGGCCACUCUCACAGAAUCCACCACCGUUACACAGACACCGUGAGAGACCCUUACGACGCUCGUCGUGGUCUGUGGUACUCGCACAUGGGAUGGAUGCUGCUGCAGCCUAACCCUAAGUACCGUGCCAGAGCUGACAUUGCUGACUUGACCGACGACUGGAUUGUCAGAUUCCAACAUAGACACUACAUUCCAAUCAUGGCUUUCAGCGCUUUCAUUCUGCCAGCUCUUCUCUGCAAGUACCUGUUCAACGACUUCAUCGGCGGUCUCGUCUACGGUGGUGUCCUCAGAGUCUUUGCCAUCCAACAGGCUACCUUCUGCAUCAACUCCCUGGCCCACUACUUGGGUGACCAGCCAUUCGACGACAGAAGAACUCCUCGUGACAACUGGAUCACUGCUUUGGUCACUUUCGGUGAGGGUUACCACAACUUCCACCACGAGUUCCCCACCGACUACAGAAACGCCAUCAAGUGGUACCAAUACGACCCAACCAAGGUCUUCAUCUUCCUCAGCUCCCUGGUCGGCUUGUCCUUCAACCUUAAGAAGUUCUCUCAGAACGCUAUUCAGCAAGGUUUGGUCCAGCAGCAACAAAAGAAGAUUGACCGUCAACGUUCCCACUUGAACUGGGGUACUCCUUUGACUCAGCUUCCAGUUUGGGACAAGCAGCAGUUCAUGGAAAACAUCAAGACCAACCCAGGUUUGGUUAUCAUCUCUGGUAUCGUGCACGAUGUCUCCAACUACAUUACUGAGCACCCAGGUGGUGAGACCUUGAUCCAAGCUGCCUUGGGCAAGGACGCUACUAAGGCUUUCAACGGUGGUGUCUACUUGCACUCUAACGCCGCUCACAACGUUCUCGCUACCAUGAGAGUUGCUGUUGUUAAGGAGGGUGUUGACGCUGCUGCCAAGUUUGCUGCUAGAAGAGGUGAGUCCCUGGAAGGAAAGAAGCUGAUAUAA